AUGGAAGAAAUUGGAGUUAGGUCUGGUGGGUCGGUGGCAAACAAGAUCAUGUUCUUGAGGAGGGCACUGACGGGGGAGUUGGCAGAUGAGCGAAGUAAUCACGAGCGGUUGAUGAUCGCAGUCCAUGCCGUCCUCUUGGAGUCUGGUUUCGUCCCAAUCGAUCCGAUUUCAGGCAAGCAAACCGAUGAUCAGGACCGUCCUCAUCUGUUGGAUAAAUGGUCUACACUGGAUCAAAGUCAGACGAUGUGGGUGUACUACACUCUCCCUCAGAUUUUGCAAAACUGGACCAAUAUUGAAAAGUCUAAUGGUUGGACCAAUAUUGGAAAUUACAACGUGAUUGAAGGAGGAGGAGGAAUUCAGUUGAUGAUUCAGAGUAGGGGUAAUUUUGUCAAUGUCUAUCCGUCUUUGUCCGGUUACCGAUUAGGGCUUUACUCACCUAUCCAUCACCUAUGUUUGGAUGAGCAAAGGUUUUGCCCCGCGAUUGAAUUUCUUUGGGCUACUAGGGAUGUGGAUCUUGGAGAUAGGGAUUUGCAUCAGUACCAGUCCCCUGAAAAAGAAAUUUUGGAAUUGUGGAAGAUUUCCAUGGAUGAGAUUGUACUGCCUUUUCUGAUUGAGCUUUGCCCGAUGGCGGGUUUGCCGGCUCCAACGGUGUUUAUGGACCUUCUGCCGGAGCUAAAAAGGAAGAUUUUCGAGUCACUUUCUGGUGUUGACAUUGUAAAAGUGCCAUGUGUUUGUAAGAAGCUGAGAAAUCUUGUUAAUGAUGAUCAAGAGUUCUGGAAGCACAAGUUUUCGUUCUAG